AUGGAACCUUUUGAGUAUUUACAACAUACGAAAGAGGAAACACUUAAACUUAUAAAAAAUUUUAUAGAAUUUUUGGCAAAUCCAUAAAUAAUUUAAUUUAGGGUUUUGAAUCAAUCGACUUAAGAUAAGGGGUAGAUUAUAGGAUUUCAAAUUAAAAGGUUAUUUUUAUCUUAUAAUGGUUUUCCUUUUGAAAAAUAACAUUAGAAUAGAUCAGUACAAAUUUUAGGGUAUGGAACUUAUAUAAAUAAUUAUAACUUAAAAAGCAGUAUUGCUUAUCAAUUUAUUUUAAAUACUGAUGCAAAUUAUUAUAAUAGCAUCAAAUUUUGGCAAUGUAUUAACAAAUAAUUUUCAUGUACUUAAACUAUUCUAGAACAUAAUGAUUGUCUAUGUGGAUUAUCUAUUAAUGAAUAAGAAAACACAGUUAUUUCAUGUGGUUUAUAUUAAUUGAUUAUAAUAUUUGAAUAAGUUAAAAACAAUAAUUAUGUAAGUUGGGUUGUGAAACAAAAAAUAUUAGUUGAUUAAUAUGGCUAUCGUAUAAGCUUUAUUAAUCAAAAUAUAUUUGUAUUCUAACCCGAAUAGAUUAUUGAUUCAAAAUUACUUAUUUACACUCUUAAUGAUUAGAAAUUAUUUUUCGAAAGUAAUCAACUUUCAAUAACAGAUGGAGGAAUAUCAUGCUAUUAUUUUUUUUCCCUAAUAUAUAAUCUAAAAAAAAAUAUCCUUAUCAAUAAAAAUAACAAUAAUAUUAAUGUAAUAAGAGUAUUAAAAUAAAAUAAGCAGAAGGAAUGUGUUGAAUUUAGGCUAGAAUAGAUAAUAGAAUUAGAAAAUAGUUGUAUUUUUGGUACUUUAAGUAAUGAUGGAGAAUAUUUAGUGACAUGGGACGAAACAUACAAGUAAAUUUAGAUAAGACAAUACUAAGAGAUGGAAUGA